CUUCAUAGACAAGCUAAAAGUGACUCAGCUAUUUAGAAAGCUAGAUACACACCAAUCAAGCAAGCAAGGAGAUAGCUAACUAUGGGCUUCCAUCGUAUCAAAGAAGGAGACAAAGCUCUUGUUCUCAACGAGAGCGGUCGAGCCAGGCUCGUGGAGGGUCCUAGAAGGGUGUGGCUGUCGCUUGAUGAGGAGAUAGAGUACCUUCCUCGUCGUGUGGCCAGUCAGGACCAGUACCUGGUGGUCAAGCACAGGGACGGUCGGAAGGAAAGCAUCCAAGGCCCUGCAGAGAUGUUUGUGAAUCGAUUGGAAGUGGAUUUCAUCGAUGUCAAGGACUCUGUUAAACUGGACGCUAAUCACAUGGUCGUUGUCUACAAGCAGGAGGAAGGAAAGAUCGAGAGGAGGAUAGUCCAGGGCCCCACCAUCUUUGUACCCAAUGCUCACGAGUGGCUCCACGAGUUCAAGUGGCAUGGAGAGGAUCGUAGUCACCCCGGUCGCUUCAUUCCCGGGAAGAGUCAGUUCACUCAACUGUGUCACGUUCCCUCGCAGUUCUAUUGCAACGUACGAGACGUGAGAACAAACGACGACACGUUGAUCACCGUCAAACUCAUGCUCUUCUACGAGAUGGUCGAUGUCGAAACAAUGUUGAACUACACUCACGACCCCAUUGCUGACUUUAUCAACGCUGUGCAAUCUGACAUUAUCUCAUUCGCUUCUAAGAGGAGCUAUGAGGAGUUCAUUCAACAGACCCACGACCUCAACAGUAUGGACAGCUACUCGCAACUCAAUUCCCGAGCCAAGCGUAUUGGCUACAACAUCACCAAGGUGGUGUACCGUGGUUACGAGGCGUCUCGAUCCCUUCAGGCCACCCACGACGAAGCCGUACACAUCCGUACGAAUCUGCGACUGAAGACUGAGUCUGAGGAACAGGAGCAGGUGCUGCAGGAGUUUAAACUGAAGAGGGAGAAAGAGCGAACCAAACUCAAGCAUGAGAUGGACAGCAAGAACCAGGACCACCUGCAGGAGAUUGAAAGGAUGCAACAAGACUCCACCCUCGGUCAACAGAGGCUACAGCACGAUGCAAGACUCAAGAAAGAAAUGAAGGAGGUUGAGGUCCGUGUUGACGUGGAGAAAGCUGAAAACGAGCAAAAUGCGAAGUUCUUAGCUGAGCUGAGGGACCUGGGGGUGGAUAUGACCAAGUACCUGGUGGCCUUGCAACCAGAGUUUGUGCCAGAGAAGGAGAUCAUCGUGGGACCAGCUGCCAGAGAGGUCACAGUGAAUUAAUAGGAAGCUAGCUGCUUAAUAGUAGUGCCUGAACAAUCAUUCUGUAAACUGAUAAUGAUUUUUAUACACUUAUUUAGUUCUAGAUAAUUAUCACUUCAGAACAAAAAUUAUUUUUACAAUAAAUGAUACUGUAUAUGGCUUGUUUGAUAUCAUGUUGUUUUUAAUGAACAUAAUUAUAAUAUA